UAGGGAUCACAGACACAAGAUGCAAACCCAGUGGAAUCCAUUCAACUGACCUCAAACACAUCGAUGCCGAUGAGUUCCUUGGAUUCUUCAUUCCCUUAAAUUGAUGAAGAAGGCAAGACAUUGAUGCCACUGGAUUGGGGGGCUGCCAUGCUUUCUUGGCAGGCAGAUUCUAUAAAAGGUUUCCUGCUGCAUCUGGUUCUCCUCUCUACAGCCUGGGAAACGGGGAGUGGCCAGCUCCAAUAUUCCAUCUCUGAGGAAUCCCAGCAUGGCACUUUUGUGGGCCGCAUCGCCCAGGAUCUGGGGCUGGAGGUGAGUGAGCUGGUGCCUCGCAUGUUCCGGUUGGUUUCGAAAGACCGCAAGGAUUACUUAGAGGUAAAUGUGCAGAACGGGAUUUUGUUUGUGAAUUCCAGGAUAGACAGGGAGGAGCUGUGUGCUGCAAGUGUUGUGUGCAUGAUCCAUCUGGAGGCGCUGGUGGACAAACCCCUGAGAGUCUUCCAUGUGGAAGUGGAGAUUUUAGACAUAAAUGACAAUGCCCCCGUUUUCCCUCUAAUAGAGAAGCAUUUUGCUAUUGCAGAGUCGAGCAUCCGUGAUGCGCAGUUUCCGCUAGAGGGAGCCUCCGAUGCAGAUACCAAUGCAAACUCUUUGCUCACCUAUAAACUUAGCCCAAAUGCACAUUUUACUCUAGCAGUUACGGAAAAUUAUGAACACAGUGCAUCAUUAUUCCUUGUUCUGAAGAAACCUCUAGACAGAGAAGAAAGCACUGUCCACCAUUUAUUACUCACAGCCACUGAUGGAGGCCAGCCACAGCUCACAGGGACAGUCCAACUGGUGAUCAAAGUUUUGGAUGCAAAUGAUAACCCUCCUGCAUUUAAUCAGUCAAUUUACAAAGUGCAGUUAUUUGAAAACUCAGAUAGUGGAUUAUUAGCAAUUAGUCUGAAUGUUACCGACUUAGAUGAGGGAGCAAAUAAGGAGGUUUCAUAUAUAUCCAGCAGUUUUUCUCCUCCAAACGGGAAAGAAAAAUUUGUCCUUGAUCAAGAGACUGGGGAGAUUCAUGUGAAAGGAAGCAUAGAUUUCGAAGACAGGAAUUUCUAUGAAAUCCAAGUUGAGGCAAAGGAUAAGGGGAAUCCUCCACUAUCUGGGCAUUGCAAAGUUCUGAUUGAGGUGUUGGAUGUGAAUGACAAUGCGCCGGAAGUGACCGUGUCAUCCUUGUCAGUCCCGGUGCCUGAGAACUCUUCCCCGGGGACAGUGGUGGCCCUCAUCAGUAUCUCAGACAGGGACUCUGGGGCCAAUGGGCAAGUGACCUGCUCACUGUGGCCCCCUGGGCUCCCCUUCAAGCUGACGUCCACCUUCAAGAAUUACUACUCACUCGUACUGGCGGAGCCACUGGACCGUGAGCAGGUGGCCGAGUAUAGUUUGGUGUUGAUUGCCCAAGACCAGGGCGACCCCCCACUGACAGCCAGCAGCAGCGUGGUUGUGCCGAUCAGUGAUAUGAACGACAACGCCCCCACUUUUGCACAGCCCUCCUACACAGUCUUUGUGAGGGAGAACAACCCCCCUGGUGCUCACAUCUUCACGGUGUCUGCUUCGGACCCAGAUGUGGCCGAGAACGCCUUGGUCAGCUACUGGCUGGAUGAGAAGCUCUGGCCACUGUCGAGCUACAUCUCGGUGCACUCGGAGAGUGGGAAGCUGUAUGCCCUGCAGCCCUUGGAUUACGAGGAGCUGAAGCUGCUGGAGUUCCAGGUGAGGGCCAAGGAUGCUGGGCUGCCCUCCUUGUGUGGCAAUGUGACCGUGCAAGUGUUUGUGUUGGACGAGAAUGACAACGCACCUGCAGUGUCUGGCCUAGCAGAGGAUACCCCCAUUCAGGUGAAGGUUCCUGUUGCAGCUGGACACUUGGUGGGCAAGAUCCAUGCUCUGGAUGGUGACUCUGGCUACAAUGCCUGGCUUCGGUAUGAGCUGUAUGAUGCAUCCAGUGGCCCAUGGCGGGUGGGGCUCUACAGUGGUGAGAUCAGUACCACUCGUGCUCUGGAUGAGUCAGAGGGCAGCAACAUCCAGAGUCUGCUGGUUCUGGUGAAGGAUCAUGGCAAGCCGGUACUGUCAACCACAGCCACGUUCAGUGUGUCAUUGGUGGCCAGUGCCCAGGCUGUCCAGAGUGAUGCUCACCUCUCUAGGAUGGGAGGGAGCAGAAAGCCCCUGGCAGACACAGCCAAUCUCUACCUGAUCAUCGCCAUCUGCUCCGUGUCCAGCUUGUUCCUUCUGGUGAUCCUCGUGUACGUGGCGCUGCGAUGCCAGAGCGAGGAGAAGGAGGCAAUGAUGUACGGCCCUGGCACGGCCACGCUGGUGUGUGCCAGUGAAGUGGGCAGCUGGUCGUAUUCCAAUCGGCACAGCCACAUCCUGGCCGGGGUGAGUGGGGAGGCUGGAGCCAAAAGUGACCUCAUGGUCUUCAGCCCCAACAUUCCUGUCUUGGCAGAGAACGGGAAGGAACUCGUCCCAAAUGCUGUUGGGCAGGUGAGUUGCAGCAAUUCAUUCUAGCACAUUUGCCAUGUUUGGGUAUAUUGUAUAAUUGUUUGUUUUUUGCACAAAAUAGAGAA